GAGUAUAAAGUAAAGUAAUGACAUUACUUUAGAAAAAAUAAGUAGCCCAACACUGGCCUUGUGAUCGACAGUCGUGGUCCCAUCUCUGCACUCAAUCUUACUGACUUUGCGCCGUGUCGCCUGCAGGUGGCGGUGUGUGCACAGAGAUCAGCCCCAGCCUAUGUAGUCCGAGAAGAAGAGAAUCCAUGGUGUUUUCCUGGGUGGAUGGCCUGCACUGGAUCCAGCCUGUCAAAACUGAACUGAAACGAGAGCAGCGUGGGAUAAAGUCAAUGAAAUCAGGUGCUGUUCAGAUUGAAUAACUGUGACUGAGACUUGAGUUGGCCUAGAGAGAAAUCCACUGUUCCCCUCCCCAACCUCCUGUUCCUGACCCUCUCUGAAACACAUCUCUCACCAUGAAUGAAGUUAAUAUAGUCAGAGAGGGCUGGCUUCACAAAAGAGGUGAAUACAUCAAAACAUGGAGGCCAAGGUAUUUCAUCCUGAAGAGUGACGGUUCCUUUAUUGGUUACAAGGAGAAACCCGAUCUGAAUGACCAGACGUCACCACCACUCAACAACUUCUCAGUGGCAGACAAUGAGUGACUUUGAGUACCUGAAGCUGCUUGGGAAGGGGACGUUUGGGAAGGUGAUUCUGGUCAAAGAGAAGUCCACUGGAGUGCAUUAUGCCAUGAAAAUACUGCGCAAAGAGGUCAUCAUAGCCAAGGAUGAGGUGGCCCACACAGUUACGGAGAGCAGAGUGUUACAAAACACGCGGCACCCCUUCCUCACGACACUGAAAUAUGCCUUCCAAACCCACGAUCGACUCUGUUUUGUAAUGGAAUAUGCCAAUGGAGGCGAGCUCUUCUUCCACCUGUCACGGGAACGAGUGUUCACAGAGGACCGGGCACGCUUCUACGGCGCCGAGAUUGUAUCAGCACUUGAGUACCUCCAUUCACGUGACGUUGUUUACCGCGACCUGAAGCUAGAGAAUCUGAUGCUGGACAAAGACGGUCACAUCAAAAUCACUGAUUUUGGUCUUUGUAAGGAGGGCAUUACCCCUGACGCUACCAUGAAAACCUUCUGUGGAACUCCUGAAUAUCUGGCCCCUGAGGUACUAGAAGAUAAUGACUAUGGCCGUGCAGUGGACUGGUGGGGUCUGGGUGUAGUCAUGUAUGAGAUGAUGUGUGGCCGCCUGCCUUUCUACAACCAAGACCAUGAGCGUUUGUUUGAGCUCAUUCUCAUGGAGGAGAUCCGCUUCCCUAGGAACCUGUCGCCAGAGGCUAAGUCCCUGCUGGCCGGCCUCCUUAAGAAGGACCCCAAACAGAGGUUAGGUGGAGGUCCUGAGGAUGCCAAAGAAGUGAUGACUCACAAAUUUUUCAUCACCAUCAACUGGCAGGAUGUGGUGCAGAAGAAGCUCACCCCACUCUUCAGACCGCAAGUGACAUCAGAGACAGACACCCGGUACUUUGAUGAGGAGUUCACAGCGCAGACCAUCACACUCACUCCUCCAGACAAGUAUAACAGUCUGGACUGUGAGGACCCUGGCCAGAAAGCACAUUUUCCCCAGUUCUCGUAUUCUGCUAGCAUAAGAGAGUGAUAGCACCUCUGCCACACACACACAGACAAACACACAAGGCAUGAACACCUUGGCUACAUCCCUUACAGCUACAAAAUGACCAGAACCUACAUCUUUAAUGAGCUUUUGGUCCCAUCAGGAUCUAAGUGCCUCAGCUGGCAGCCAUAUUGUUCUAUAGAAACCCCUCCAUACACACUAUGGGCAACGCCUGGCCACACUGGCUGUACUGUAUUAAACUGGAGUUCAGUACCUCAAAUAGUCAUCAGCACAAGUCAACAACAAAAUCAGGACUCCGUCUGUAGCGCCUUUGGGUGGCCUAUAAACAACUACUGCUGCUCUUUCUGACUAUAAACACAGAUCAUUUUAACUCCUUUUUAUGGUCUUAUGAGAAGCCAUACAGUUCCUUCACCAUGUUUCCAAGUGCUCUUCUUCAGAACUGUUACCGCUGGUGAUAAAAAUGGUGUGUGUGUGGAUUUUUUUGUAUUUUUUUUUUUUUUUUGGAGUAAAUGGGGGCAUCCGAUCCAGAGUGUGUGAGGCUUUGUGUGCGUCUUGCCUGAUACUCAUCAAGAACAACAUGAAUUGAUGAUAACACAUGAUGAUCCAAGUGUGUCUGCGGAGAGAAGCUUUGAACGAGUGAAUCACGAGGCGUCAGAGAGAGAGGCUGUCCUUUUGAAACUGUAUGCAAUUAGAAGCAAAGCAAUUGUAUAUUCGUUUGCUCUCAUCUCAAAAUGUGAUCUCUGUUAACAGAUCUGUCAAGUGCAACACAGCAAUUAAUGGGAAUUUGGGAAUACCUUCAUGAACAAGGUGUAUAUGUUAUUUUUGUUUUUAAUUUUUAAUUUUUUAUUUUAACAAAUUACUGAUCUUUCUUGAUCAGCAAAAUACACACCAGCCAUGUGAUUUAAGAGGCUUAAUAAGCACUUAUUGAUUUAAAGCAGCCCUGAUUUUUCUCAAAAGGACAUGUUCAUAAUGUAGCUGAAAGCUUCCUGGAUUGAUGUCGAUGCUCAAUAUUUUUGUAACCCUUCACUGAAAUGUGAGUAGUAAUCAAGUGUGCUCAGAUAGUUUCUGAUUUACAUCUCCAUCUGGCCAGUUUCAUUUCAGUACAUUUCUUGUAUAGCUGCUUGUGUUUAGACAAUUUUCCCCUUGUCCCCUUGUUCAAAAUAAAUUAUGAAAUCAAUGUAAGACUGUACACUGGUGAGCUAGACAGCUUUUUCAGGUCAAGCCACGUAAGGAUAUUCACGGUUAACAAUAUUCACAGUAAAUAUAUCUGAAUGUUUUUUUAUUGCAAUUCUAUCGUAUAUCCUCCCAUCCCUACUUGGAAGCUAUUCAGUUAGAUUCAGUUUGCAACUAGAUGCAAUUGAAUCCCAUAGACUCCUUUAAUUGAGAACGAAAUGUAGAUAGUAAGCGUAAUAGAUCAAAAACGUUUGUUUGGGUAUUUGUAGUGAAACUCAGGCGUUGGUUUGACUAGGGAUGGGAAUCAAGGAUUCUUAUCCAUUUGUUUUAUUGUCGCAGUUAUUGUGACAGUUCCAUAUUGCAAAACAAUGAAGUCGGUCUUGUGCGCCUACACUGCUAUAUACUCGCAACAAGGAGUCAUGGUGGAGAGAAAGCUGUGUGUAAAAUGAUCCUUCGAUCUGCAGUGAUCAUCUUUUUACACAUGAAACAUGGCCUUAAAUUCCAGGAAUGCCAUGUGUUUGUAUAAAUGUAUUAAUGUCUUUAGUCUUUGACUAAGAAAGCCUAAAUGAAAACAAAUGCUGUACAAAUAUUCUCUCACUGCAUCCACUUUAGAUAAUGACAGACAGACACAGGUCUGUUUAGGUCUGCACAGAAAAUUGAUCAGGAAUCAAUAAGGGAAUCAUUGAAGAAUCGGACUGAUAAGAUGACUCGAUUGCAGCAUUGAUAUCAGUUCCCAGCCCUAGUAUUGGCGCUGCUGUUGAAAAAAGGAUAACCAGCCCGAGCCCCAAACUAAAUUCCCUGCACUUCCAGAGAACAUGUUUAUAUUUGGAGUGACGUCCUUUCUUAGCAUUCAGAGCUAGACUAGAUAAGAUGUACCUUUAUUGAUCCCCUGUAGGAGAAAUUCAAGUCAGACACAGCAAUUCUGUAGCUUUGUUAUAAUUUAUCUCUGUAGACUUUCCUCUGAUUGUAACUUACCUUUACCUACUGGAGACUUUACACGUUUGAAGUUGUGGCUGACAAUUAUCCUCCUGGCCAUUCUUCCAUCUUUGUGUAAAUCUUACAGUCUUCCAGUUCAUCCAAACUGCUCCUUCUUUUCAGUCUUGAAUGUGCCACUAGAUUGAACCGGACGAUUAAAGUUUUAGCUGGAGAGCUAAAAAAAAAAAAUCAUCCAGGGAGCUGCGUACAUCAUGAAUAUAGUCUGUGUAUUGUUUGUGUUUGAGUGCAAUGGUGACUCGCAAGGAUGUCUCUUUCGAAAUUCUUCCCAUCUGUUAUCAAUCGCUGCACAACUAAAAAUGGUAACCAGGAGCAGCGUACCAUUAAGAUUUGCAAUACUGGGUGUUAAACUGUACAUGAAAACCCAUCCUUUAACUUGGUGCUACACUGUUUAGUCACUGGUAAUAAAUUAAGAGCUGGUGCAGACAAACCUGCUCAACUUCCCGUCGCUCACAGAGCCUUCUACCACAUAUGCUGUUUUGACAUAAUUUCCGUUAUUUUUGUUUUUGUCUUAUUUUUUCAUCUUGACUUACCGUUUUUCCUCAUCCUUCCUGUACUCUGAACCUCCUUCACAAAUUAAGGAAAUUCAUAAUGGUUGAACGAAAUGUAUGUUUUCAGUUACAUUAUUCUAUUCAAGCAAUUAAUUUCUAUGUCUAUGAAUGUAAUUCUGAAAGACAAUGAUCCAAUACACGUUUUUAACGGUCUAAAUGCA